UUCCAAGGUAUCAAAAGGAAACCUAUUUAUAUUAGUUUCAACGCUCAUUUCGAAUCAAAACCAGAUAAUCAAAGUAUUGCAAAUAUUCAUUUCCUUCACACAACAUCCUUGUUAAAUGGCAGCACGGAGGUCAUCGUUUCGCUUUCGCCUUCCUUGGUCUCGAGAUGAACCACCUCCACCUCCACCUCCACCUCCAGCACCAGCAACCCAACCAUCUACUCGACCCAAUGCUGGCACGGCUCCCUCUCCGGCAACUCGACCAGCAGCAGGGUCACAGCCAGCUGCAUGGACCAGCGCAAACAAUCUGUCCAGAGCUGAAACCCCAACCAACAACCAGCCACCCAACCCCACGAGAAACGCCACUCCUUCAAUUCCUACUUCACCAACUAAAGCUGGAACUCUGGACAAUAAUCAGCUGCCCAACACCAAAACCAGCACAACUCCAACACCAUCUAUCUCUCCACCUCGUCCUAUCGAAUCCUCCACCCCAAGCACAAGCCAAUCACCUGCUACUCCUACCACUGCUGGCUCUUCGACUGAAACCCGAACCCCUACCCAAGCCUCAAAUAUGAGCUCUACCUCCACCAAUUCUCCAGCUCGGCCUACGUCUCAAACCACCACCAGUAACCCUACUACACCAAAGGUUGCUCAGAGGCCACCAUUUAGGCCCGCAGGGGCAGCUCCCUCUCCCAAGAAUCGGGCAUCUAAGAACGAGUCUCAACCUUCCUCACCAUCUCAAGCAACUAACAAGUCCCGUAAUACAUCUCAACCAGCUUCACCAUCUGGUGCAGCAAAUAGGUCUCGUGCAUCUCAAUCCCAAUCUCCAUCUCGCUCAGCUCCUCAAUCACCAGCUAUGACUCCAACAUCCUCCCCAACACGCAAGGCUCCCCACGUCCUUUCAUCCAAAGCAGGCCAGGAGUCUUCAAACUCUCCAUCCGUUGUGAAAUCUCAAAUGCAUGAAAAGAAUCAGGAAACUACUCUGCCAACAUCGCCACCACAAUCAUUGCAUGGGAUUUCAAAGCCUUCUUCCAAAUCCAUAGAAGCAGAUAAAGAAGCAACAGAACAAAUGGAGCUUCGAACCAAGAAAGAAACCAAGUCAGAUGCGGACUCUGAAGCAAAAAUAAGGUUCACAGACAAGGCAAUGCAACCUUCAGAAGAAUCAGUGCCAAAAUCCACUAUAACAGGCAUUACAAAAGGUCCAUCUGAGAAAUCAGAUUCUUCCAGUAUCAGUGGUGAACCUAAAAUGCUCAAAGAGUCAGAUACCAACAAUCAGGAAACCAAAGAAGUAGUGCAAGAAUCUAGACGUAAAGACUAUGGUGCUGGAGAAAGAACCCCUGAAGUUCAAUCGAAGCAAGAGGGUUCUAGCAAAGAUCAGGUUUUGAAAAACUCUGGAUCUAAUGGAAGGCAGACAAGAACAACUACAACUCAGCCAAGAAACAAAACUGUGGUCAGUGGUUCUAGUCAUAAAACUGUAGUAUCCAAUGAAGCACAUAUUCCCAUUCACAAAGAGAUCAAAGAUAACAUCUCAAAGGUUCUUAAUAGAGUGGCAGUUGGAGAUGACACGCAAAAAACCGGAAAAACGCCAGUGAAUGUGAUCACUCUUGCAGGUGAUAAUAGAGGAGCAUCUAUGCAACUUGGCUCCGAUUCAUCCACAAAAGGAGGGCGAAUCCACAUUCACAGAGGAUACAAAAUCAACCCUGAUGAAAGUGCUGACACAACCACAGAUGGGGAGGGAAGUCCAAAAGAUUCAAAGACUAAGGAAGAUCAAACCAUAGCUGCAUACAUUAAUUGCAAUGUACAGGGAAUCAACAACUCUAUUGUAUUUAAUAGUUCCAUAACAGAAAGAGAUCCAGGUGUACACAUGUCGAUCCCUUCAGAACCUGUACAUUCAAGUCUGUUUGAUGCACACAAGGCAGAAGUCAAUGUUACACCAGCUAGAACAAUCAGAAGGAGAUGUCUCAGAGGCCUUUUCCUUGAAUCAAGUGAUUCUGAUCCAGAUAAACCUCGGCGACAUGGUUGUCGAGUUGGCUGCAAUGAGAAGAAAAAAAUAACAAGAUAAACGUUCUUUAAACAACUACACUUGAUCUCAAAAAUUCCUUGUAUACAUAUUUUAUAAUAUAUGUGUCAAGCAAAUGUAAUAAAGAUGUGAGUGAUUCAUGAGAUAUGCUUGUUUGGUCCACUUCAGCAGGUUUGUUGUGAGCAAGGAGAGUAGGUAAAAUUCUCAAUUGAAACAAAAAGAUGAAAAGAAAUCGCUUGGUAAUUAAAACAGCGAUAGUAUUUCUUUCAAGUUGACUCAAUUUUUUAAACAAAUUAACCAUGCUA